AUGAAGCUCACCCAGAGGUGCCUCGGCAACAUCGUCAAGAUGCUCGACUUUUACUCCCAGUUCAACCCUUCGCCCCUCUCGAUCAAGCAGUUUAUCGAUUUUGGACUUAGUGCAUGCCAGAGAAAGUCUUUCAUUUUCCUGAGAAAAGAACUUCCUGUUCGCCUGGCUAAUAUCAUGAAGGAGAUCCAUCUUUUGCCGGAGAACCUCCUACGCAUGCCUAGCGUUGGAAUUGUAAAUAAUUUUUACGCCACUUCUUUCGAAGAGAUUAUACGCUUUGAAAAGGCCGACGUUAGCGAGAGCACCUUGGACAGAUUUUGCGAGGCUCUAGUUAAAAUUAGAAACCGACACACUGACGUAGUUCAGACAAUGGCUCAGGGAGUCCUAGAGUUGAAAGAAUCUCACGACGUGGACGCGCAAACGGAGAACAGCAUCCAAUAUUUUCUCGACAGAUUUUACAUGUCUCGGAUCUCGAUAAGAAUGCUCAUUAAUCAGCACACAUUGUUGUUUGGUGGUGUACUGAACGACAACAACAUGCAAAUUGGUUGCAUCGAUCCGAGCUGUAACGUCAUCGGAGUCAUCAAAGAUGCCUACGAGAACGCCCGCUUCCUCUGCGAUCAGUACUACAUGGCCAGUCCUGACCUCGUGGUCAAACAACACAAUGAUCCUGGUGAUGUAAAGAUAGUUUACGUGCCUAGUCAUUUGUAUCACAUGCUUUUCGAGCUGUUUAAAAACAGUAUGCGAGCGGUGAUGGAGCAUUGCGGUUCCGAUGCCGAUAACUACCCGCCAUUGGUGGUCACUGUUGUUCGUGGUAAAGAAGACGUAUGCGUGAAGAUGUCCGAUUUGGGUGGUGGUAUUCCCCGUUCACAGAUAGAUCACUUGUUUAAGUACAUGUACAGCACAGCACCCCAGCCCAGUAAGUCUGACGCUCACACGGUGCCACUUGCUGGGUAUGGCUACGGUCUUCCAUUGUCGCGAUUGUAUGCGCGAUAUUUUCAUGGCGAUUUGGUUUUGCUCAGUUGUGAAGGCUACGGCACAGACGCUGUCAUUUAUUUGAAGGCUUUGUCGAACGAAGCUAACGAAUUACUUCCAAUAUACAACAAAACCUCAUCAAAGUUUUACAAAACUCCUCUGCCAGUUGCCGACUGGAGUAGCCAAUGCGGAAACAGCAUGGCAACUAGACAAAUGAACAUGAGCCAAAAUCAGGGUCAUAGGCUACCGAACGGCCUAAAAGCAAGCCAGUGCUAG